GAGGCUGAGGCGGCCCCUGGGUCUAGUAACCCACCGACGUCUCCUGAGCUGCAGAGACUGAGGUCUGAGAGAAGGAGAGACCUGAGUACUCGCAGGAGGAGUGCUCGCCUUCGGGCGAAACGGGGAGGUGAGUCGCCGGGGGAUCAGGACCGGCCGCUACCCCGACAAAGAUAAAAGGCUGUCAGACCCCGCCCCAGGUUGCGGGAGCUACAUUGCUGUAUGCUAGAUCCUGCCUGAGAACCUGUACCUGUCCUUGCCUCGUGUCCUGCCUUGGCCCUGUCAGACUGACUCCUAGCAGAACCUUCAGAUUCUGGACCGGUCCUGGACCGCGUUUCAUGGGUUACCCCUGGGCCCAGCACACUCUGCCUUCAGGAGUAGCAAUGGCUCUCCAUGUAGUUAUUGCAAGCCUGUUUUUUUGUCCUCCAAUGAUUCUGAAACUCUGGGAAUAAACAUUGCUUGAUUUGGCUUGGCGUUUUCCACUCUGCACAUCAUGACUUGUCAGUUAUUGAUCAGCAAGUCCUGGCUUCAACUGGGGUCAAUCAGUCCACCUCUAAUUUGGGUUCAUUCCAACCUGUAAAUAAAGUCACAUGGCUAACCACAUAGGAGACAACUGAUGAGAUGCCAGAGGAGGAGAGAUGUGAUUGGCUGGGGACAGAGGGGUGUUGUCCCCUGCUCCAAUGGACCUCUUCCUGAUCACACGUUCCACGGCUGGUUUCCACCCAGGCUUGCUCAUAAAUUGCCACACCAACUGGAAGCAAGGAACGCUCGCAUCUAACGGUCCUGUUUGCAAUUCAGCUGAGAUCCCCAGAGGCAUUAGGCUCAAAGAAGUCUCUCCUCUCGCAACCAUGGAAGAUUACUUCUCUGCGGUCCGCAAGAUGGAGCAGACAGUGAUGUUCCCCAGCGUUCUCCAGGGCGUCCCCUUGGAAUGGCAGGACAGCAUGCCUGAGGCUGACUCGGGCGGCAAAGAUCUGUAUGAUUAUUACACACUGCUGAAAUCCAUCAAGCUGGUGGUGGAAGGUGGCUUGAUGCCUCUCAAUAACCAGAACCCUGAUGUCGCCAGCCGUCUGAAAGAACAGGAAGAGAAAGAGAGGCAGAACCCUGAAGGCUAUUUCUAUUACCACGUGUCCAGCUUGUAUCGCGUCCUCGCACAGCUGACAACGAGAGCCAACGCCGUCACCUCCAAAUACAAUGAAAUUAUGGGGCAGAUCAAGCAGGGCGAAAUUCAUCUCAGCUGAUGAGAAAUGCAUGGUGCAAAGAGCAAAGGUUAUGCUGGCACUGUCUCCCAGAGUCCAAAUUCACGAAGCGGACAUGUCUUGCUGUACGUUCUUCCAUAGGACUUUCUGGUGCAACGAGCUCUGUGAUGCAGAAAAUACAUGACGAUUUCAAUUCCUGAUACCUGAAUUGAUAGGGUAUAUAGAGUGGGAGGGAAGCUUAAAUUAUUUUAAUGCAUAUUUAAUAUUUUAUGUAACCCGCUUAGAGGGUUUGAUGAUUGAGUGGCUUAUAAAUCUUACAAAGUAAACUAAAUGCCAAACAUGUCUAUGGCCCUAUAUGAUUCAAAGAGGAUGUUUUGAAAUUGGCUCACGUCCUACUGAUUGCAUUGUCUCUGAUGACUAAUACUUGCAAUUCACUUCCGUAAAGGUAAACUUUAUUUUACUGUUUUGUACGUAAGUGAAUUUUGAGCCGAUGAGCUCACUGUCAAUAAAAAGACUAAUUCUGAAGAGCGCCUCAUUUUCUUUCAUUAAUUUACACACUGUUCUGUUUGUAGUAUUUAGAAGUUAGGCUGAAACCUGUUUG